CCGCCGCGGAGCCGCCGCCGCCGCGGAGGAGGCCGGUGAGAGAGAGUCGGAGGCCGGCGCCGCCCGCGGCCCGCGGAGGAGCGAGGCCGAGGAGAGUAGCAGGACGAGGCCCGGCCCUGCCGCGGCCUGCCGGGCCCGGCUCCGCAGCCCCGCCCGGCCCAGCGCUCGCGAGCGCCCUAGACGAGCCCGAGCCGGAGGACGAGCCCCGCUGCAGCGAAGCCAUGGCGGAGCAGACCUACUCGUGGGCCUAUUCCCUGGUGGAUUCCAGUCAAGUGUCAACGUUUCUGAUUUCCAUUCUCCUCAUCGUCUAUGGCAGCUUCAGAUCCCUCAAUAUGGACUUUGAGAAUCAAGAUAAGGAAAAAGACAGCGGCAGUUCAUCUGGGUCCUUCAACGGCAACAGCACCAAUAAUAGUAUCCAAACGAUUGACUCCACCCAAGCACUGUUUCUUCCCAUUGGAGCAUCUGUCUCCCUUCUAGUCAUGUUUUUCUUCUUUGAUUCUGUUCAAGUAGUCUUUACAAUAUGUACAGCAGUUCUUGCAACGAUAGCUUUUGCUUUUCUUCUUCUCCCGAUGUGCCAGUAUUUAACACGACCCUGUUCACCACAGAACAAGAUUUCCUUUGGCUGCUGUGGACGUUUCACUGCUGCGGAGCUGCUCUCUUUUUCCCUUUCCGUCAUGCUCGUCCUCAUCUGGGUUCUGACGGGCCAUUGGCUCCUCAUGGAUGCUCUGGCCAUGGGCCUCUGCGUGGCCAUGAUCGCCUUCGUCCGCCUGCCAAGCCUCAAGGUGUCCUGUUUGCUCCUUUCGGGCCUUCUCAUCUAUGAUGUCUUCUGGGUCUUUUUCUCCGCCUACAUCUUUAAUAGCAACGUCAUGGUCAAGGUGGCCACCCAGCCGGCCGACAACCCCCUGGAUGUCCUCUCCCGGAAGCUUCACCUGGGACCAAACGUGGGCCGAGACGUUCCUCGAUUGUCUCUUCCUGGAAAAUUGGUCUUUCCAAGCUCCACGGGCAGCCACUUCUCCAUGCUGGGCAUUGGCGAUAUCGUGAUGCCGGGCCUCCUGCUGUGCUUUGUGCUGCGCUAUGACAACUACAAGAAGCAGGCGAGCAGCGACUCGUGUGGGGCGCCGGGGCCGGGCAACAUCUCAGGCCGCAUGCAGAAGGUCUCCUACUUCCACUGCACUCUCAUCGGAUACUUCGUGGGUCUGCUGACGGCGACAGUGGCAUCUCGGAUUCACCGUGCGGCCCAGCCUGCCCUCCUCUACCUGGUACCCUUCACCUUGUUGCCGCUCCUCACAAUGGCCUAUUUAAAGGGUGACCUGCGCCGCAUGUGGUCGGAACCUUUCCACUCCAAGGCCAGCAGCUCACGGUUCCUGGAAGUAUGAUGGAGCAGCCAGAAAGUGACCAGACUCUGCUGUGGUCCUUUUCCCUUGACUCGGUGGUGGUUUUGUUCCUUCCCAGAGUGGUCCUGGCCGGGAGUGCUAGUCUGACCUGACUUUGCAUUGAAAAGGGGGCUGAGGCUUCAGAGACCCCCCCCUUGGGUUCCUUCCUCGUGCGCUUGUGGAAUUGGAGCCAGUUGGAGAAGGUUCCGGCCUCCCCUUCUCUGUUUUUAUGGACCUACCCAACUGUCCCCUUAGUGGGCCAGGCGGGGCCUGGACAGUGGCAAGGAGCCGUCCAGGAGCCGUGGACCUGGACUUCAGGGGAGCCUCGUACCCUUUGGGACAGGGUUCCCAUAGGGGCUUCCUUUCAGAGACUGAGACAGAAGUUCUGUCACAAGAAUCUUUUUUGGAUUGAUUAAACCUUUUCUGUGGUGUUCGAUGACUCAUUAAAUCCACAGACACACAUGGAGUGACUUCUUACAGUAUAAAUAUAAGAAUUUGUUGUAAUGAAUUCCAUUUCCACCCAGAUGUCGUGUUGGCAGUGAACAAGGGCACGGUUUUUAUACAUGUACAUGCGCGCGUGUGCGCACACACAUAGCUCUCUCUAUAUGUGUGUGUGUGUGUGUGUGUGUAUAUAUAUAUGUAUAUGUAUGUAUAUAUAUAUAUACACACACACACACACACAUAUAUAUAUAUAUAUAUGAACCGAGAGGAAGCUCUGCUGUGCUCGAGCCGCGAGCUGUCAGGUGCGUUCGCCUCGCCGUGACCUGGAGUGUGGGACAGCCUUCCCCAGCCCGGGGCCGGCCUCGAAUCCCUCGGCCCUGGAGCAAGGGGUGGCCUCCAUGCCCUCGGCAACUAGGGAAGCAGCCGUCUGGGCCCCUCGGGGCCCUUCUUGUUUUCCUUUUCACAGGCCCCUCCCUGACCUCUCCUGUUUUUUAGCCGUCUCUUCCUAAACCAAUGCAUGUAUCAUAGCAGCAGAAAUCUUUGUGCUUUCUGAUCAAGUGAUGUACCACGUGUAAAUACAUUUUUUCUAUUUUCUA